UGUUGCGUUUUCAGUCAGAGAGAAACUUCAUAAGAUGAUGGGUAUGUCUGGGAAGUAUGAGCAUAAAGACAGAAGUCAUCUGUUUAAAUACUUACCUGAAAGUCGAGACGAGUUACCACCUCGUACUAUGAAAGACAGUUUUGAUAGAGCUUUAGUACCAUUAAGUAGUAACAUAAUGUUACAGAAUAGGUAUACGACUACCCGUAAAGGUUUACGAGUUGGUAGACUUUUAGAAGAUAUGGAUUUGUUUGCUGUUUGGAUUGUUUUCAAGCAUAUUUAUAGUCCCAAAAUUCCAUUAGAUGUACCACAUCCAUAUGUUGCUGUAACGUUAUUAGUGGACGAAGUAAUCGUACAUCCAAAGCGUUAUCCUGAUAAAGAUUUAAUACUCAGUGGACACGUAUCAUAUGCCGGAAAAACCUCAAUGGAGAUUACUCUGUGGUUGGAUCAGCUUCAGGAUAAUAAAUUACAACGUGUCACGAAUGCAAAUUUUGUGUUUGUUGCAAGAGAUCCUUUAAAUAAAUCAUCUGUUUUAGUAAACGAACUAGAACCAAGUGGAGAUGACGAAAAGGAACUUUUAAAACUAUCAUUAGAUACUAUACUAAGUUUCUAUACUUACAAAUUAACGUAG